AUGCCCUAUACACCGUCUGGCUUUUUCUGUGACCGGCUGAUCCGGGAACGAGAGAGGAGAGACGGGGAAGGGUCUCUGAACAAGCCCCUCCGCUUCAACGGCCAGGACUUCGUCGCGCUGAGACAGGAAUGUCUCCAGAGGAAGUGCCUGUUCGAGGAUGACUCUUUCCCGGCCACCGUGGAGUCUUUGGGCUUCAAGGAGCUCGGACACAAGUCCAACAAGGUCAAGAACAUCGUCUGGAAGAGGCCCAAGGAAAUCUGUGAAAACCCUCAGUUCAUUGUUGGAGGAGCCAGUAGGACAGACAUCUGCCAGGGAGAUCUUGGUGACUGCUGGCUGCUGGCUGCCAUCGCCUGCCUCACCUUGAAUGAGAAGCUGCUGUAUCGUGUCGUUCCUCAGGAGCAAAGCUUCUCGGAGGGAUAUGGAGGCAUCUUCCACUUCCAGUUCUGGCGUUAUGGCGACUGGGUCGAUGUCGUCAUUGACGACCGCAUCCCGACUUUUAACAACCAGCUGGUCUUCACCAAGUCUGCUGAGAGGAACGAGUUCUGGAGCGCCCUGCUGGAGAAGGCCUACGCCAAGCUGCACGGCUCCUACGAGGCCCUGAAGGGUGGAAACACCACCGAGGCCAUGGAGGAUUUCACCGGCGGAGUCACUGAGUUCUACGAGAUGAAGGAAGCUCCCAAAGAGCUCUACAAGAUCAUGAAGAAAGCUCUGGAGAGAGGCUCCCUCAUGGGCUGCUCCAUCGACUCCCUGGUUCCUGCUCGCUUUGAGACUCGCACUGUGACGGGACUCGUGAAGGGUCACGCCUACUCUGUGACGGCCGUGGAGGAGUGCAGACCGUCUCAGCACAAGGAGUCUAAAGUUCGUCUGGUGCGUCUCAGGAACCCGUGGGGCCAAGUGGAGUGGAACGGCCCCUGGAGUGACAACUCGAAGGAGUGGGUCACCCUCUCCAAGACUGAAAAAGAGAAGCUGCAGCAUCAGAGCGCCGAGGACGGAGAGUUCUGGAUGUCAUUCGAGGACUUCAAGAAGAACUACACUAAGAUCGAGAUCUGUAACCUCACCCCCGACGCCCUGGAGGACGACAAGAUCCACAAGUGGACGGUUUCUGUGAACGAAGGUCGCUGGGUGAGAGGCUGCUCUGCCGGGGGCUGCAGGAACUACCCAGACACUUUCUGGACCAACCCUCAGUACCGCCUCCGUCUGCUGGAGGAGGACGAUGACCCCGAGGACAACGAGGUGGGCUGCACCUUCGUGGUGGCUCUGAUGCAGAAGAACAGGCGGAAAGAGCGAAAGAUGGGAGCCAACCUCUUCACUAUCGGAUUCGCCAUUUAUGAGGUGCCAAAGGAGAUGCACGGGAACAAGCAGCACAUGCAGAAGGACUUCUUCCUGUUCAACUCCUCCAAAGCGCGCUGCAAGUCCUACAUCAACCUGCGCGAGGUGACCCAGCGUUUCCGCCUGAGCCCCGGGGAGUACGUCAUCAUCCCCUCCACGUACGAGCCUCACCAGGAGGGAGAGUUCAUCCUGCGAGUCUUCUCCGAAAAGAAGAACACCUCAGAGGAGAUAGAGAACAGGAUCGAGGCCGAUCAUCCAGUGCCGGCGCCGGCCUCAGCGGGGGAAGAGAGCGAGGAGGACCAGCAGUUCAGGACUAUUUUUCAGGAGAUAGCCGGCGAUGACAUGGAAAUCACAGCCAACGAACUGAAAAACGUUCUCAACAGAGUGAUCACCAAACAUAAGGACCUGAACACAGAGGGCUUCAGCCUGGAGAGCUGCAGGAGCAUGAUUGCUCUGAUGGACAUGGACGGGACAGGGAGACUCAAUCUGCAGGAGUUCAGACAUCUGUGGAAUAAGAUCAAACAGUGGCAGGGAAUCUUUAAGCACUAUAACGCCGAUCAGUCCGGCAGCAUCAACAGCUACGAGAUGAGGAAUGCUGUCAACGAUGCAGGCUUCCGUCUCAACAACCAGCUGUACGACAUCAUCACCAUGCGCUACGCCAACGAGAACAUGAACAUCGACUUCGACAGCUUCAUCAGCUGUCUGGUCCGGCUCGAAGCCAUGUUCAGGGCGUUCCAGGCCUUCGAUCAGGACGGAGACGGGACCAUCAGACUCAGUGUCCUGGAGUGGCUCCAGUUGACCAUGUACGCCUAAAAAAAGGCCCAUCUUCCUCCAGGUGAGCUCCACUCCACACGAGGACCAGACCUGCCAGCCUUUACCUCAAUACUCAGUGUGGCCGAUCGUCGUUAGCUCUCAUCCACUUCA